AUGUUAAAACCUCUACCAAGACUGGUUUUUGGAAGUCAGAUCAGAUUAGCUGGGCCUGGGUCCACUCGGUGCUCUGGAAGAGUUGAAAUCUAUCACAACAGUGCCUGGGGAACAGUCUGUGAUGACAGCUGGGACUUAAACGAUGCUAAAGUGGUUUGCAGACAGUUGGGCUGUGGGUCGGCACUGAGUGCCCCUCAGUCAGCCUAUUUUGGUCAAGGUGGCGGCAAAAUCUGGCUUGAUGAUGUGGCCUGUUCAGGCAGUGAAAUGUCUCUAGCUGAGUGUCAACACCGAGGAUUUGGGGCACACGACUGUGGACACGGCGAGGACGCUGGUGUUGUCUGUGCAGGAAGACAGAUCAGAUUAGCUGGGUCUACUUUGUGCUCUGGAAGAGUUGAAAUCUAUCACAACAGUGCCUGGGGAACAGUCUGUGAUGACGGCUGGGACUUAAACGAUGCUAAAGUGGUUUGCAGACAGUUGGGCUGUGGGUCGGCACUGACUGCCCCUCAGUCAGCCUAUUUUGGUCAAGGUGGCGGCAAAAUCUGGCUUGAUGAUGUGGCCUGUUCAGGCAGUGAAAUGUCUCUAGCUGAGUGUAAACACCGAGGAUUUGGGGCACACGACUGUGGACACGGCGAGGACGCUGGUGUUGUCUGUUCAGUGAGCCUCCCAAAGCCUAGCAUCUCCAUGAAUCCUGCUGGUGAGGUUGCUUGGGGUCAGAACACCAGCAUCACCUGUUCGAUCUCAACUCAGCAUUUAGGUAGAACAUUCAUUCUAAAGAAGACCUCAGGUUCAUUCAGAAUGACCCAGUCAUCAAGUACCAACUCUGCUACCUUCAACAUCCUUCAAGUGACUUUUGACAAUGAGGGAUCGUACCAGUGUCAGUAUCAAACAAGGGUUUCAAGUCAAGACUUCACCUCGGUCCUGAGUGACUCUGUCAGACUCUCUGUUACUGUGAGCCUCCCAAAGCCUAGCAUCUCCAUGAAUCCUGCUGGUGAGGUUGCUUGGGGUCAGAACACCAGCAUCACCUGUUCGAUCUCAACUCAGCAUUUAGGUGGAACAUUCAUUCUAAAGAAGACCUCAGGUUCAUUCAGAAUGACCCAGUCAUCAAGUACCAACUCUGCUACCUUCAACAUCCUUCAAGUGACUUUUGACAAUGAGGGAUCGUACCAGUGUCAGUAUCAAACAAGGGUUUCAAGUCGAGACUUCACCUCGGUCCUGAGUGACUCUGUCAGACUCUCUGUUACUGUGAGCCUCCCAAAGCCUAGCAUCUCCAUGAAUCCUGCUGGUGAGGUUGCUUGGGGUCAGAACACCAGCAUCACCUGUUCGAUCUCAACUCAGCAUUUAGGUGGAACAUUCAUUCUAAAGAAGACCUCAGGUUCAUUCAGAAUGACCCAGUCAUCAAGUACCAACUCUGCUACCUUCAACAUCCUUCAAGUGACUUUUGACAAUGAGGGAUCGUACCAGUGUCAGUAUCAAACAAGGGUUUCAAGUCGAGACUUCACCUCGGUCCUGAGUGACUCUGUCAGACUCUCUGUUACUGUGAGCCUCCCAAAGCCUAGCAUCUCCAUGAAUCCUGCUGGUGAGGUUGCUUGGGGUCAGAACACCAGCAUCACCUGUUCGACCUCAACUCAGCAUUUAGGUGGAACAUUCAUUCUAAAGAAGACCUCAGGUUCAUUCAGAAUGACCCAAUCAUCAAGUACCAACUCUGCUACCUUCAACAUCCUUCAAGUGACUUUUGACAAUGAGGGAUCGUACCAGUGUCAAUAUCAAACAAGCGUUUCAAGACGAGACUUCACCUCGGUCCUGAGUGACUCUGUCAGACUCUCUGUUACUGUGAGCCUCCCAAAGCCUAGCAUCUCCAUGAAUCCUGCUGGUGAGGUUGCUUGGGGUCAGAACACCAGCAUCACCUGUUCGAUCUCAACUCAGCAUUUAGGUGGAACAUUCAUUCUAAAGAAGACCUCAGGUUCAUUCAGAAUGACCCAGUCAUCAAGUACCAACUCUGCUACCUUCAACAUCCUUCAAGUGACUUUUGACAAUGAGGGAUCGUACCAGUGUCAGUAUCAAACAAGGGUUUCAAGACAAGACUUCACCUCGGUCCUGAGUGACUCUGUCAGACUCUCUGUUACUGUGAGCCUCCCAAAGCCUAGCAUCUCCAUGAAUCCUGCUGGUGAGGUUGCUUGGGGUCAGAACACCAGCAUCACCUGUUCGAUCUCAACUCAGCAUUUAGGUGGAACAUUCAUUCUAAAGAAGACUUCAGGUUCAUUCAGAAUGACCCAAUCAUCAAGUACCAACUCUGCUACCUUCAACAUCCUUCAAGUGACUUUUGACAAUGAGGGAUCGUACCAGUGUCAAUAUCAAACAAGCGUUUCAAGACGAGACUUCACCUCGGUCCUGAGUGACUCUGUCAGACUCUCUGUUACUGUGAGCCUCCCAAAGCCUAGCAUCUCCAUGAAUCCUGCUGGUGAGGUUGCUUGGGGUCAGAACACCAGCAUCACCUGUUCGAUCUCAACUCAGCAUUUAGGUGGAACAUUCAUUCUAAAGAAGACCUCAGGUUCAUUCAGAAUGACCCAGUCAUCAAGUACCAACUCUGCUACCUUCAACAUCCUUCAAGUGACUUUUGACAAUGAGGGAUCGUACCAGUGUCAGUAUCAAACAAGGGUUUCAAGACAAGACUUCACCUCGGUCCUGAGUGACUCUGUCAGACUCUCUGUUACUGUGCCACUGCAGCAGCCCAGCAUCUCCCUGACAUCUCCAAACAGAGGGCUAGUCUGGGGAACUGAAGGUGCAGAGGUCACCAGGGGGUACAGCUUUGUCUUCACCUGUUCCGUUAACUCCAGCUUUCCUGGUGGUUAUUUCUUUCUCAUCUUCUCUGGCUCCAGCAUCAAUAUCACCCAGCCAGCAGUCAACCACUCAGCCUCUUUUAACUUCCCUGUAGCUGAGUAUGAACACCAGGGCAACUACAGCUGUGUGUAUGAAGUCACUCUGUCCACACAGAAAUGUACUUCUACCAUGACAACAAUAAUGAGUGUCGCCAUUAAAUUGCCUUUGUUGCUGAUGGUGUCCUCAGCGGCUGCUGGGACUCUGCUGCUGCUCCUGCUGGUCUUGUUGGUGGUCUGUCUGGUCCACUGGAGAAGACGACGAGCCAAACAGCCUGGAGACCUCGUCCUGAGUCAGGUGGCUGUCAGGAACAAUUAUGAAGUCUCUGAGGAGGAGAGUGAGGAGGAACAGCGCUAUAUGAACUUCCAACCAUUGCACACCAAGAAGAGGCAGGAGGAUCAAGCAAGAGGGAUGGAGGAAGAGGAGAGCAGUGAAGAUCGUGUUCACGAGGAAGAGGAGAGUUUUAAUCAUUACUAUGUGGGAGAGGAGAACAAUGAAGGUCAUGAUUAUGUAGAAAGCGAGGACAUCUAUGAUAUUGUAGAGAACGACGGAGAGGGGUAUGAAGAUUGUGUGGUAAAAAAAGUAGCUAAAGAGGAGGAAAACAGUAACACUGAUGACGACUAUGUGAAUGUACACCAACCUUUUGCUGAAGACACUCUCGACAUUUACGGAGAACAAGAAGAUAUUUAUCAAAAUCUUUAGCUUUCUACUGCUGAACAGUAUCACAGGACAAUUAAAUUAAAGUAUUAUACUAUACUAUAUUAUGAUGGUUAGUGUGUAGUACAUACUGUUUAGAAAUAGGAUGUAGUGUGGAUUUGGGACAUGCUGAUAUAUCAUAGAGACAUGCUGCCAGUGGAUUGUUUUACCUGCUAGAUAGAUCGUUCUUGUCAAACCUAUCCCCUCAGGUAUUUUUGUAAAUGCACCAAACAUUGUCAGCAUGUAAAAAAAUGCAUAUUGUGUACGCUAUCUGCCCAGCAACAAAUGGCCAACAAAGUUAACAACUAGCUAAAUUGGAGCAUUUAGCAGCUAAAAUAAUGGAUAUUUUUCUCAGAAUUUGGCGAAAACCUAAAACAGAGCUAAAAGGAAUGAAUUUUGGACUUAUUCAUCAGGUGAAUAAGACUCCAAAUGAAUGUUGUGCCAUGUGGGCUGGAUGUGUAA